UGCACCUCAAUGAACCUAAUUGGCGCACUGUGAGCGACCAUCAUCUAUCCUCUGGAUUUCCAUCGUGCCCGGCUUUCAUCCAGAACAUAUGAAUUUGCUUAGACAGACCCCUUUAAGGAGUUGAACAGAAAUGAAAAUGGCACAACGCGUGGUUUUGUUUCUACUGUGGCUCUUUGGCAGAUCAUCCGCAGGAUUUCCCAAUCAGAUCAAUAUCGGGGGACUGUUCAUGCGUUCCACGGUGCAGGAGCACAGCGCGUUCAGGUUUGCUGUCCAACUCUACAACACCAACCAAAACACCACUGAAAAGCCUUUCCACCUCAACUACAAUGUCGACAACCUCGAGUCGUCCAACAGCUUUUCAGUCACCCAUGCGUUUUGCUCCCAGUUCUCCCGCGGAGUGUACGCCAUCUUCGGAUUCUACGACAAGAAGUCCAUGAACACCUUGACCUCGUUCUGCGGCGCUCUGCACACCUCCUUCGUCACACCCAGUUACCCCACCGACAAUGAGGUGCAGUUUGUCAUCCAGAUGCGCCCCGCCCUCCGGGGUGCUGUCCUCAGCCUGCUCUCCCACUACAAGUGGCAGAAGUUUGUCUACCUCUACGACACAGAACGAGGUUUCUCUAUACUGCAGGCCAUCAUGGAGGCAGCAGUAGCUAACAACUGGCAGGUGACUGCUCGCUCUGUUAGCAGCACAACAGAUGCAGCAGAGUUCAAGCGCAUCAUUGAGGAGAUGGACAGGAGGCAGGAGAAGCGCUAUGUGAUUGACUGCGAGGUGGACAGGAUCAACACCAUAUUAGAACAGGUUGUGACCCUGGGGAAGAACAGUCGUGGUUACCACUACAUUCUGGCCAAUCUUGGAUUUUCUAAUGUGAGCUUGGACAAAGUCUUCGCGGGUGGAGCCAACAUUUCAGGGUUUCAGAUAGUCAACCCUGAGAACCCGAUUGUGCAGCAGUUUAUGCAGCGCUGGGAGCGGCUAGAUGAAAGAGAAUUCCCAGAAGCCCGAAACACUCCGCUGAAGUACACUUCAGCUCUGACCCACGAUGCCAUCCUGGUGAUAGCAGAGGCCUUCAGGUACCUGCGGCGCCAACGUGUGGAUGUUUCUCGCCGGGGCAGCGCCGGUGACUGUCUAGCCAAUCCUGCUGUACCUUGGAGCCAAGGCAUCGACAUCGAGAGAGCUCUCAAAACGGUCCAAGUGCAGGGUAUGACUGGGAAUAUCCAGUUUGACAACUAUGGCCGCAGGACCAACUACACCAUAGAUUUUUAUGAGAUGAAAACAGGUGGGCCGAGGAAGAUUGGGUACUGGAACGAGUACACGCGAUUUGUAAAUAUUAUGGACCCGCAGGUCACCAACGACUCCUCAGUGGAAAACCGAACGAUUGUGGUCACUACUAUUAUGGAAGCUCCUUAUGUGAUGUACAAGAAAAAUUAUAUGCAUCUGGAGGGGAAUGACAGAUAUGAAGGCUACUGCGUCGAUUUAGCAUCUGAGAUUGCCAAACAUGUUGGAAUUAAGUACAAACUGUCUAUAGUAAUGGAUGGGAAGUACGGAGCCCGAGACCCCGAGACCAAGACGUGGAACGGGAUGGUGGGUGAACUGGUCUAUGGGAGAGCAGAUAUAGCUGUUGCACCUCUCACCAUUACUCUGGUUCGAGAGGAGGUGAUAGACUUUUCCAAGCCGUUUAUGAGCUUGGGCAUCUCCAUUAUGAUAAAGAAGCCCCAAAAGUCCAAGCCUGGCGUUUUCUCCUUCCUGGACCCGCUGGCCUAUGAGAUCUGGAUGUGUAUUGUGUUUGCCUAUAUUGGGGUGAGCGUGGUUCUGUUCCUGGUCAGUCGGUUCAGUCCUUAUGAGUGGAACCUCGAGGAACAGGACGAGACCAAAGACCCACAGACACCACCCGAUCCCCCCAAUGACUUUGGCAUCUUCAACUCCCUCUGGUUCUCACUGGGCGCCUUCAUGCAGCAGGGCUGUGACAUCUCUCCCAGGUCUCUGUCGGGCCGUAUCGUCGGUGGUGUGUGGUGGUUCUUCACCCUCAUCAUCAUCUCAUCCUAUACAGCCAACCUGGCUGCAUUCUUGACAGUGGAGAGGAUGGUCUCUCCUAUAGAAAGUGCUGAAGAUCUGGCCAAGCAGACAGAGAUAGCAUAUGGCACUCUGGACUCAGGCUCCACAAAGGAGUUUUUUAGGCGAUCCAAAAUAGCAGUGUAUGAGAAGAUGUGGUCAUACAUGAAAUCUGCUGAGCCCUCAGUGUUUGUUAAGACCACACCCGAUGGCGUAGCCCGGGUACGAAAGUCAAAGGGCAAGUUCGCCUUUCUCCUCGAGUCCACCAUGAACGAGUAUAUCGAGCAGCGGAAGCCGUGCGACACCAUGAAAGUGGGCGGGAACCUCGACUCGAAAGGCUACGGUGUGGCGACGCCCAAAGGCUCAGCAUUAAGAAAUGCUGUUAACCUGGCAGUUUUAAAACUGAAUGAGCAAGGCCUCUUGGACAAAUUGAAAAACAAAUGGUGGUACGACAAGGGAGAGUGCGGCAGCGGGGGAGGUGACUCCAAGGACAAGACAAGUGCUCUCAGCCUAAGCAAUGUGGCUGGUGUCUUCUAUAUUCUGGUUGGAGGGCUGGGGCUGGCCAUGAUGGUGGCUCUGAUAGAGUUCUGUUAUAAAUCACGACAAGAAACCAAACGGCUGAAAUUGGCCAAGAAUGCCCAGAAUUUUAAGCCGGCUCCCCCGACCAACACCCAGAACUUUGCCACAUACAGAGAAGGCUACAACGUAUACGGAACCGAGAGCGUUAAGAUCUAGAGGUUUAGGAAACAUUUCCAUUGUCCCUUACAACUGUGACUAAACAUAUAUGAAAGGACAGGAUCACAGGGAUUGAGCUUAGAGCCAAAUCCUCUCGGGCGGACACGGCAUGAUAAUCUGCAAUGACGACACGACUGGACUGGUCAUGGGAAGAACCGACGUGGUUCCCUCCCCUUAGUGCCUUAUGGAACUCCGAGUCCAAUCAAUGCAACUCACUCACAAUGAUAUUGCUUUUUGCUUGAAACUCAUACAAAACAGAAGACUGGUGCAGUGAUAAUAUAUAUGUAUACAUAUAUAUAUAUAUGUAUAUAUAUAUGUAUACAUAUAUUUAUAGUAUAUAAUACGUUUGACGUGUUACAAUGAAUGAGAGAACUAAAGCCAUCAUUUGCAACCCUAAGCACAUUUUGAAGUGCCAGACAGAAGACGGAUCUUAUAUGACAAGGGUCUAAUUGGUUUCUUGUAAUCAAUAUGAUCAGAUUACUCUUCAUCCUUCUGCUGCCAGAUUUUCACUGGUUAUAUGUGUUAAAAUAAGUUUAUUAGAUCUCUUCAGUGCACUGUAAGACACUGGUUAUUAGACAAUAGCUUUUAUACUGCUGUAAGUCACUCAUAGUGACCUUGUUCUUGUUUUAAAAGACAGAUUGAUCUCAUUGGAGUGGAAAUGCCAUUUAGCCCAAAAAACAAUUAUGAGUGUGUUGUUUGUACUCUAAACUCUGGUGCUGCUGCCAUUGUCUUCUGAACGUUUGAUGGGACUCAUGAAGAUAAGAAGAUGAUCUGGUUUGGCUUCUACGUACUACGGAACCAGGUCAUAAUUCGCACUUCCAAUACUGCCAAGAGUGUGUUUUGUAUGACAAAGAGUGUGUAAAGCAAAGUGUUCAUGCUUGAUUAUGAAAUCUGUUUGUGAUUUACAGUUUGUAAAAUAUCAAAGGAGCACUAACUCACAGAGGUUUGUCGCUCCAAACAGUCUUUCCCUGAAGUCCAGAGUCAUUCAAGUCUUCUGUACAUGAAAGUAAAACCAAACAAAAAGGGUAAUUCAAUUGUAGAUUAACUGCAAUCCAAUUAAAGGAUAACAGUAAUGGCUUUUAAACUGUAGUAUUUUGGAUUACCUUACCGUUUUCUUUAACAAUUGCACAUUUUACAAUGAUCUGUGGUUUGCUUUUAAUUUGAUUUCCUUUAAUGAGCAUUACAGUGUUUGGUGACUAUACUUAGUAAAUGAAAAUGAAAAAUAUAUGAAUACAACGGAAAAUAGAUUUAUACAAGGUUAUACCAGGGAGAGUCCUGAAGCUUAGCACAUUUCCAUAUUGCUGUAAUAAUUUCUUUUCUUUCAAAAAGACUGUGAUUCCAUAGGAUUUAGGAAGAUAAUUAUCUAAUCACCUGAAACCAUGGGCAGAUAGUUUUAUAUAAAAAAAAAUGAAACUGAUAAUGUGAAGAAAAACAAUGACUUGAGAAAGAUGUGUAAAUUUAGAUAAAUCAGAAUUAUUUAUAUUACAUGAUGAAAGAUUGGUUUCCCUUUUUUUCUUGAUUCUUUUCUAAGAAAUUGCAUGUGAAAUCAGUGAUGCUUGACGAGCUCUGCUACUCACAAACUGACCUUAGGUUAACGUUAGAAAUCCAGCCCUGGUUAUUUUUUUGUAAGUCAGUUUCACCUUUUCUUUUUUGUAGGCCUCACCUUCUGCAAAAAUAAAAUCACCAGGCGUAGUAGUGGGUACAAAAGAGCAAGAGAUGCAUGCAUAAUUUGCUGAACCUCAUUAGUGAGGCGCUGU